GUAGGCGCCUGUCGCUGGGCGCGCGGCCUGGGGCGUGCGGUUCUAGGCGCGGAGUCGAGCUUGGGUCGGGUCGCGGCGGCACCAUGGUGCUGUGCCCGGUGAUCGGGAAGCUGCAGCACAAGCGCGUGGUGUUGGCCAGCGCCUCCCCGCGCCGCCAGGAGAUCCUCAGCAACGCGGGCCUCAGGUUCGAGGUGGUCCCUUCCAGGUUCAAGGAGAAGCUGCACAAGGCCUCAUUCGCUACUCCGUACGCAUACGCGGUGGAAACAGCCAAGCAGAAGGCCCUGGAGGUGGCCGGCAGGAUGCACCAGAAGGACCUGCGGGCCCCUGACGUUGUCAUCGGAGCAGACACCAUCGUGGCGGUGGGAGCGAUGAUCCUGGAGAAGCCUGUGGACAAGCAGGACGCCUACCGCAUGCUGUCAAGGCUGAACGGGAAGGAGCACAGUGUGUUCACGGGCGUGGCCAUCGUCCACUGCUGCAGCAAAGACGGCCGGCUGGACACGGAGGUCUCGGAGUUCUACGAGGAGACCACGGUGAAGUUCUCAGAGCUGUCAGAGGAGCUGCUGUGGGAGUACAUCAACAGCGGAGAGCCCAUGGACAAGGCUGGCGGCUACGGGAUCCAGGCGCUGGGCGGGAUGCUGGUGGAGUACGUGCACGGGGACUUCCUCAAUGUCGUGGGCUUCCCCCUGAACCACUUCUGCAAGGAGCUGGCACGGCUGUACUACCCGCCCCGCCCCGAGGACCUGCGGCGGGUCAGGCACGACUCCAUCCCCACCGUCGACACCUUCGAGAACCUGAGUGACUCGGAGGCAGGUGGCUCAGACCCAGGUCAGAGCGCCAAGGGCGGCCGUGGUGGCGAGCAGGCGGAUGGAGACCGGUCACAGGCUCCGCGCGCGCUGGAUGCAGCCCUUGACGGGGCGGACAGCCGGCCCCCGUUCCCCACAGGCCUCCUGGAGCUGAUGGACGGCUUCAAAGCAUCCAAGCGAGGGGCCACAUUAUGUCCCCAGUCCAGGGAGGUGGGGCUGGAAUGCCGGCCGUGUGGCCGCCUCUGGGACCCUGCAGCCCUGCUGGCCGGGCAGCAGGUGGAUGGUGGCCCCCAGGACACCAGCUGCCUGCAGGGCAGGCCAGGUCUCCCAAUGGCGGACCAUGCCGACCAAGCCAGGGUCUGCUGGGGGUCUUGGAGCAAGUGUCACCCACCCCCGCCCAAGGUUCUGUUCACGGCUUGCAAGCUCAAACUGUUCGAUGUGUUAAAAGACCAAGGCCCCCUGCAGGCCGUGGAUGUCGCCCGCAAACUCAGCACCUGCGCGGGCAGGACUGAGCAGCUGCUGGAUGUGUGCGCGGCCCUGGGUUUACUGGAGAAGACGCGCAGAGGUUACAGCAACACGGAGGUGGCGACCCUGCACCUAGUGUCAGACGGCGAACACUCUCUCCAGGGCGUGGCCGAGUACCAUGACGCCCACGUCUGGGGCGUCUUCACACACCUGGGCCUGGCUGUGCGGGAGGGGGCAGAGCAGAGCCGCGGGGCUCUGGGGGCGAUGGAGCAGGAACGCCUGUCCCAGGUACUGUAACCCCCGUGUUCCUUUUCACGCCCCGUCUGUGCUGCGAAAGGACCAGUGGGCACCGAAACAUCUCAGAUUCUGGCCGACGUGGGAAUCCCUGCGGGAGGCCGCCGUGGCGGGGAGGGUGCGGCUGGCUGGUCACAGCUCCUGAAAAGAGGGCUUUUCUAGGAAGGGGCUGCCUUGAAUCGAGGCACCGUGUUUCCUACGUGGAGUUGCAUUGCACAGACUCCUGGUUCUUAGCUCAGCGCAGGGUGUGCAAAGGGCUUCCCGGCCCUUCCCCCGCCCCCUGGCACCCACGACCCCUGUUCACCGUUGUGUGGGAGGGAAGGAGUCUCAGAGGGUCUUGGAGGGUCUUGGGUGAUAAUCUGAGGGUCUUGUGUGGUCUGGGGGGUCUCGGAGGGUCUUGGAGGGUCUCGGGGGGUCUUGGAAGAUCUUGGGUGGUCUUGGAGGGCCUCGAGGGGUCGUAGAGGACAGUGUCCUGGGAGAUGCUGAGGUCCCCAGGCCCGAAAUCUGGGUGAAAUGGCAGCAGCACCAUCGUGGCCUCAGGCAACGAGUCCGGCCCCCUCGGGCCCCGGUCUGCACCCCCCACCCCUUGGGAUUUCAGCUGACUCCCUGCCCAUCCCUCGCCUCCUGACCACCCUCAGGAGCCCUAAGAGUGUCAGGCCCAGGCGGGUCCCCUGCACGCUGUCCUGCCGGCCUCCUUCUCUGCCCCAGGGACUCAUUCCCUCGCACCCGGGUGGGACCCGAGCACACGUGGACCCCACCGGGGAGCUGGGCAGGGAGCCCUGGUCUCUGUAAACGGUCAGAUCAGAUCAUCCUCAGUGAGGUGACAGCUGAGGGGGCAGGGGGUCGUUACCCCCUAAGUCCUCCUGGCUUGGUCCAGUGAGACCCGAGUGGGGAGUCGGCAGUCUCCCAGGAGGAGACCCCCUGCAAACUGGAAAUCAGACCCAGAGAGUGCGCUGUGUCAGGGUGCGGUGGAGCUACCCUCCUGGCAACGCUCCAGCCUCACCGCCUAGGUGGACACAGUUCAGACCCAGUGCCCCCUCCCACCCUCCUCUACCCAGGCCCCUCCCACCCUGCUCUACCCAGACCCCUCUCGCCCUCCUCUCCUCUACCCCGGACCCGCCCCGCCCUCCUCUACCCCAGG